AUGUUCGCCAGGGCUUCUUGUCCCCGUUGCUUAUCGCAGCCGGCUAUAUCACGAAGCGUGCGGCGCUUUUCAUGUGCCGCCGCACGAAGAAAUAGCGACAACCAGGGCCCCUUGGCUGGGAUCACGGUAGUCAGUCUUGAACAAGCAAUUGCCGCCCCAUUUUGUACCCGGCAACUGGCUGAUAUGGGUGCGCGGGUGAUCAAAAUUGAACGGCCGGGCGUGGGCGAUUUUGCCCGUGGGUACGAUACUCGAGUAAACGGACUCGCAUCGCAUUUCGUCUGGACGAAUCGAUCGAAGGAGAGUCUAGCGUUAGAUGUGAAGAACCCUGAAGAUCACGAAGUUUUGAUGCGACUUGUCAGCAAAGCAGAUGUACUUGUGCAGAAUCUCGCCCCAGGUGCUAGUGCUAGAUUAGGCCUUUCAUUCGAGACGCUGAAAGAAGAGCAUCCGUCCCUGAUUGUCUGUGAUAUAUCCGGAUACGGACAAGAUGGUCCGUACCGAGAUAAAAAGGCGUACGACCUCCUCGUUCAAAGCGAAGCAGGAAUGCUUUCAGUUACAGGCACUGGCAAGGAACCUGCCAAAGUUGGGAUCUCGAUUGCGGACAUCGCAUCCGGCAUGUACGCCUACAGCAACAUCCUAGCGGCUCUGAUGCAGCGCUCCAAAACCGGUCGUGGCAGCCACAUUGACAUUUCCAUGCUGGAGAGCAUGGUCGAAUGGAUGGGAUUCCCCAUGUACUAUGCCUUCAACGGCGCCCCCGGCCCUGUACCCGCUGGCGCCUCUCACGCCUCUAUCUACCCCUACGGGCCCUUCGAGACAGGCAACGGGUCGGUGAUGUUGGGUAUCCAGAACGAACGAGAAUGGGCUAAAUUCUGCACGCUUGUCCUCUCGCAGCCUGACCUUAUAACGGACGCUCGCUUCUCGAAUAACUCACUUCGCGUCCAAAACCGCGACGCGCUCAAAGAGAUUAUUCACAAAUCCUUCGCCAAUAUCACUGCCGAGGAAGCCACACGUCGGCUUGACGAGGCCGCUAUUGCUAAUGCGAAUGUGAGUGACAUGCAGGGCGUCUGGGAACAUACGCAGCUUCGCGCGAGAAAUCGUUGGACUGAGGUGAAGACUCCCGGAGGCACUGUGCCAGCCCUUCUUCCGCCAGGAUUCAGCCCUAGGGGAGGGUUCCGCCCCAGGAUGGAUGCUGUACCGGAGGUUGGCGAGCAUAAUGAGUCGAUUUUUGCUGAAUUGGGCUUCACGCGGAAAUAA